GGAAAACGAGGGACCUACUACUAACAGGUUCUUGUACAAUGAUAUUGGUAGAGCCGCCCUAACUAGGAGAUAUACAUAGGAAAAGUUUAGUUUUAACAAACGAGUUGUACAAAAUAGAUAAUAUCUAUAUUAUUUACCAGUACUCGACGUCUCAAAAAAUGGCCAUGGCCUCCGUCAACGCGAACGGACACGCACAGAGAAGAAUAGAUGGUGGCCAUCAACGAGGCGAGCAAGCAGUCGAACAACGAGCACUUGUUCAAGCGCAACAUCUACAUCAAGCGCCUCUACUAGGGAACAACCACGAAGAUGACCAUAAAGGAGACGCAGAAAGAUGGCUUCAGCACUUCCUGGACAGACCACAGAUAAUCCGACUACGUGACUGGAUCGACAGCCCGGAAACGAUGGUGGAUUUGAGUUUAUGAUUUAGAUACUAGUACUAAUAUUACCUGUAUAAUGGAAGUAUUUAGAUACUAGUACUAAUAUUCAUUACCUGUAUAGAAGUAUCCAGGCUCCUUAGCCCCCUAGGACUUUCUUUUUUCAUAAAGAAAAAUUCACGACCCUAUGAUCUCUCUAGAUUGAUGAACAGAAGGAAAAAUAUAGAGUCCUCUAAUCAACGCCUGGGUUCAUACCGACGAACAGCGGCAACAAGGGGGCAACACUCUCAUGGAUGGAGGGUUACUUUUAUCAGAACGAAUCGCCAUGUGGCGAGAAGAGCAGACUGCAAAACGCAAAACAGAACUCAAAGCUGUGCAGCAAGAAGCAAUCGAUCGAGGCUGUAAUAGUUUCUUAAGAUGAAGUGUGUGUGUGUGAAGGCUCAGCAAUACAUCAGGUCCUCGGUAGAAGUUUUUACCCGUGAUUUCGAUUGGUAGAUAGUCAUAGACUGGUGUAAAAAGAGCAAGUAGAGAACCUCUGAAACUGCAGGAACUAGAGAACGUCUUCUAAGACGGCUCGCCAAAGUCUUCGUCAAGCCCUGGAAGGUUAUGCUGAACAUCGAGACACAGAACGACAAAUUACGUCACGAGCGUGCUAAGAAAGCAAAGCAAGAACUCAGGGAUAUCAAGAAAGAGAGCCAAGCCGAACAAGGUCGAAGUUACUACCCCAAUUCAGCCGAGGCUGUGAGGAUGCGGCUGAAACGGGUAAAGUUACUGAAGUCUCCGACGUUCUGGCUCAUUGCGCUAUCUUUAGGCAUGUACGGGAUCCAGCUCUUGCUAUGGAGCUAUCUCCGAAUCGAAGGAGUAGUUUUUUCUACAACUACAACCCGAGCAGGACCUUCAGGAGCAGCCGGCGCAACGACUACUCUGUGGAACAAAACUCUACUCACACUGGGUUCUGGAAGUGGGUACCACUAUUCCAUUCUCGUUGAUUGGCUUUGCCUACGCGGCUGGGUCCGCGUCCAGUCCCUGGCUCGGUGGAUCGAAACGUGGCCAUUGAUGUUCCGAGAGUGUCGUCGACUCCUAAUGCCGACUGUAAUGCAUUUAGAUCUGGCGCAUUUGGGGAUGAACGUGUUGGGAUUGGUUCGUCUAGGAUUUGCUACGGAGACGGCGAUUUUGUGGCCCAUCAUCUUGUCAUAGUGAAAUAGUCCACAGCAAUUACUAAGUUGUAGAAUAGGUACUCGUAGAGUAUUGAGAGGAAGGUGGCCUUGGCCAAAUGAAAGAGUAUAAUACAUAGAAGUUUUUAGGGCUCGACGGAGAUGCCCGCCCUUUCAUUUGUGGAACAAUGGGUAAAUGAAAAGGAAGGAGGUACACAUCAGGGAAUAAUUUUGACUCCUGAGUGAAAAUAUCAUGAUGAGAAAUCCUUCAAGCGUUAUGUCGCCUUAAAAAUUCUCUUUCAUAACAAGGCCGAUCCAACAUGUUGCGCGUGUAUUUAGCGAGUUCGAUUCUAGGAUGGCUAUUGCAAGCAGCAUUUGGCAGCAUAAGUGUUUUCUUUGUCGGAGCAAGCGGUGCAGUCUACGGCCUCUUAGGGGUGCAACUUGGCUACCUCUUUCGCUUUAUCUUACCGGAAAUACUCAGAUGGCUACGAAAAUACCACCUCCUGAUAUUGGAAGAUGGGGAUGAAGCUGGGGGUCAAUGUCAGGGUCAACCUCCUAUGCCUCCUGAAAACGGGGAGAGUGCAAUGAAGAGCCACCUAAUACGAGAAGUCUCUACCAGAAUCGUCAUCCCAAUUGUCCUGAUGCUGGGAGUGGAGAACAUUAUCACUAGCGUUACAGGAGGCGUCGCCAUCUGGGCUCAUAUCGGCGGAUUUAUUGGUGGUUUGCUGUCCAUUUUGGUGGUCUUGGACUCAAAAUUGUUUGCGCCACACUUGAGAUCCACCCCAAGAAUGGCCAAAAAUGCAAAAGCGAUUGGAGCUUUUUGUGUCGCUUUUUCGAUCUUCUAUCUCUACGUAUCUAUGAUGUUUAACAGUCGGAUUUUGACCCUGGGACCGCACAAAGCCUGGGAGAAAGCGAUGCGACGGCUUAGCGGAUCAGUGUAAGAAACGACGCUUUCUUUUAUUGUUUAGUCUCCCAGAUAGUACAUGUAAGACUAUGUGAGACUCAUGCCAUGCCAUGGUGGACAAGGUUACGCCAUAAUGUGACGGAUAGAUCAAGAUCAUCUCAUUACCACUGUAUCUAUAUGAACGACACUAAGUUGGAAAAGCAUUUCAACGUCCAGUUUGCUGGAAAUCUUUUUCCCCAAAUGCACAACAUUAUUCUCAUCUAGCAUUACGACUUUGAGGACUUGCUAGCCCCAGGUCGGAGUCGGACCCCCAUGCCACAAAUGAUUGUUUUCUUUUACGGUUGAAGGAGGAUGGACGAAGAUUAGGACCUGAUGUUGAUUCGGUCAUGGAAAAUUGCAGGGAAUAAGGCAAUUAUACGUGUUUUCAUACUUUUUUCUUUGAGCUCCUUCCGUCGUGGUCAAAGCCAGAGCAAGA